CCUUCUUCUUCUACAUCCUCGGCUUCGUACUUUAUCGAUAUGACAACAGAACCGUCCCACCCACACCGACGUCUACACCGAGAUCAACGAGCACCUCGUCGACCUGGACGUCAUCAACAAGGAGAGGUCUAUGCUAGGCAAGCAACCUAUCGUUCGCAAGGAGCUUCCUGAGGACUACGACUUCGAUGCGAGGGAGAGGACUGUCCGCAUCGAGGAGGGACUGAACACCCACCGUACCAUGCCUCACAUGGACGAUAUCGUUCACCACGAGGUCACCGACGAGGACAUGACCGAGAACUGGAUCACCAACGUCCGUAUCGAGAAGCAGGAGGCCGCCGACAAGAAGGAGGCCGAACAGUGCCGCGACGUCCGACAACAAGCCGAACGACUCGAGAUCGCGGUUCGAAACAACACUCCUGGCGCUGCUUACGAACUCUACCGACACUUGUUCGACAACGUCCAAUUCUUCCCCGACUACGCCGAGCGAUUCUCAGCCGUAACGGGUGCUUCUACCGCUUCAGCUCCCGAGAUCGCUACCGAGGUCGAGGACGUCUGCGAGCCCGCCUCCGAGGUUGCGCCUAUCUGCCCCGACGCUCCCGCCCGAGGUUCCAGGUAUGCGAGGGCCAAGAGGUCCACCUGCAACGUCAAGGAAAGCACUUUCGACAGGGACAUGCCUCGACCCACGCCUAAGCGGUUGUUCCGAGAGGCUUUGGCCAACAUGAACACCGUCGCUGAGGUCAACGAGGACGAGGAGGACGAGUUCUAAGUGGGCUGUGCUCACGAAGCGGGUUAUCCAUGCUUCAAACAACUACCCUUAUUCCACCGCUCUUCGUACAGAAGCUCCGACCUCGAAGCCGGGCCUUGGGACCUGCGAGCGAUCGCUAUCAGUCUUCCACAUUACCUUCCACCUCGCCUUCCCGGCCGGAGAAC